AUGUGUGAAUAUAAUACUACUUGUAUUCCACAAAAAUCUCCAUCUUUUGACCCAAACAAAUCAUCGACUUUUGAUGUACUUCAAUGCCCUUCUUCAACAUGUCAGAGCUCAGAUCUUAAAACUCAAUGUGACUUAGAUAGUAGCAAAACAAUUCCAUUUAGAAAAAAUAAUAAUAACAAUGAUUCAUCAUUAUGUGCAUAUGAGGUUCUUUAUGCUGAUAAAACACUAAGUAUAUGUGUCCUUGCUAAGGACACUCUUAGCCUCCCUUCUUCUGAUCAAACUACUUUCUUAAGUCUUCCUUCAUCCGUUUUCGGGUGUGGACUAAUCCAACAGGUCUCAACUCCUAUAAAAAAUGGACCACGUCCAAUUUUUUAUUACCUUACCCUCGACAGUAUUAGUGUCGAGGGUAAGGGUAAUCUGGCCCAAGUGCCUGUAGGCACAGACAUAGUCAUCGACUCUGGUACCACUCUUACAUAUCUUCCGACUAGCGUAUAUGAUGGCGUUAAGGCUGCCUUGACGAGUGCCAUCGAACAAAGCCCAAUACCCAGCCCCAGUACAGUUUUUGACCUUUGUUACAACACAGGUUCAGGUGGGCAGCUUAAUCCUCCUGAUGUGGUGUUGCACUUUCAAGGGGCUGAUAUUUUGUGUUAA